CUGCCGCGAGAGCACCAUCAGACUGCACCUUUUCCUCCUCAGGAGAACGGAGGAGAGAGCGACCCAGAGUGAGACUUAAGGAGAGAGAGAAAGGGAAAUAGGGAGAAAUAGAGGCGAUAACACCUCGUCAUCUUCAAUCCGAGCCCGUGACAGUUGUACUCUUGUCUGGUCAUUUCCCAUUUUCCUCUCUUUCCUUCUCGCGGAUUCAAAAUCCACCUCAAAUGGGAAGGCGGAUCGAUGCGUCGCGCGCGGCACUGUUGCCGCGGAACCACAGGAUGCGCAUGAGGUCGCUGGAGAGAGUGAUGACGCGGCAGUGAGAGACACACAUACCUCAACCUGCUGGCACACACUCACAUAUACACACAUAUCUGCCCACACAUGCUUUAAGUCUUGCCCCACAAAGACAAGGAAGGAGAGGGGGAGAAAUUACUGCUAUGACGGUGUCAUUUCUCACCAUUACCAGUGUGUGAGCAGCACACACACAAAAAUACACUCGCACUCCAUAGGGAGUUGCCUGCGUAGGGAUAAGACCCUAUCUAGGGCAGAAAGAUGGAGCUUGCAUCCUGUUUGUUCCGCAUCUAACACAGAAACAUAUAAACACACACACCUGGAGUCUCAUGACUGAAGUAAGGGAUGAAGAGGAGACGCUGAACAUCCCAGAGACAAGAGGAACACAAGGCCAAGGCAGAAGAUGUUCAAAGGGUAUUAAGAGAACAGAGGGUGCUACUGUCUGACCCCUCCCUCUGUCUCUGGAGGUGUAUUAUAUCUGAGCUAUCUUUGGUUCAAAGCAAUACCAAGACAGCAGGGUGCACAGGUGACAGUGUUCUACGAAGUGCCCUGCAGUUAUCACCAUGAGCUGUAGGCUAGAGGAAACACCCCAGCUCUAGCCUCUAUUUAGGUUUGUGUGUGUGAGAGUGUGAGAGCGACUGUGUGCAUGAGUGUAAUGGCAGUUUGUGUUUGGGCAGCAGCCCCCCUGCUCUUUCUGGGGCUGUGCCUGUGCAGUGUAGGGGGCCAGGCCCAAGGGGAGGUCCUGGAGUUUGGGGGCGUAUCUAGCCAGUGGGGGAGGUUUCCAGUAUGGAAUGCCUGCUGUGAGAGCGUGCUGAGUUUCAGCCUGCGGACUCAGAGCCAGGAGGGCCUGCUGCUCUACCUGGAUGAUGAGGGUUUCUGCGACUUCCUGGAGUUGCUGCUUCUCCACGGCCACCUGCGCCUACGCUUCUCCAUCUUUUGUGCUGAACCAGCUGAGCUGCAGUCAGGCGUGGCAGUGAGUGACGGCCAGUGGCAUGCAGUGCGUGUCAAGAGAGACUGGCGGAACACCUCGCUGGAGGUGGAUGGGCGACUGGAGGGAUGGGCAGAAGUGAAGAGUAAGAGAAGAGACAUGACAGUAUUCAGCCACACGUACAUGGGCGGGUUGUCAGCAGAUCUCCACUCCUCGCCGCUACGGCUCACCUCACCCUCAGUGAGAGAACACCCCGCCUUUCGAGGCUGGAUCACGGCAGUGAGCAUUAACGGCUCGCUGGUGACGCUGGACAGCUCAGAGGGCGUCACCGUAACAGCUGGCUGCGGUUCGGACCACCAGUGCCAGAACGGAGGGGUGUGCAGCGUGGUCAACGACCAGGCCGUCUGUGACUGUUCCGACACUGGCUACCAAGGCAAUGACUGCAGCGAAGGUCUGGCACACCUGAUGAUUGGCGACCAAGGAAAACUCAGAGCUCGUGAGGAGUAUGUCGCCACCUUCAAAGGCUCUGAGUACUUCUGCUACGACUUGUCGCCAAACCCCAUCCAAUCCAGCAGUGAUGAAAUCACGCUUUCCUUCAAGACGCUCCAGCGCAACGGCCUGAUGCUGCACACGGGCAAGUCAGCAGACUAUGUGAACCUGGCGCUAAAGAACGGGGCGGUGUCCCUUGUCAUUAAUCUGGGCUCUGGGGCCUUCGAAGCCCUGGUGGAGCCCGUCAACGGCAAGUUCAACGACAACGCCUGGCACGACGUCAAAGUGACCCGCAACCUGAGACAGCACUCAGGCAUUGGACACGCUAUGGUGACGAUCUCUGUGGAUGGGAUCCUGACCACGACGGGCUACACGCAGGAGGACUACACGAUGCUGGGCUCUGAUGACUUCUUCUAUGUGGGAGGGAGUCCCAGCACUGCAGACCUGCCUGGUUCUCCUGUCAGCAACAAUUUCAUGGGCUGUCUCAAAGAGGUGGUGUACAAGAACAAUGAUGUACGGUUGGAGCUUUCAAGACUGGCCAAACAGGGUGACCCAAAGAUGAAGGUCAGUGGUGUGGUGUCCUUCAAGUGCGAAAGUGUAGCAACACUGGAUCCAGUGACGUUUGACACACCGGAGUCAUUCGUGGCUUUGAGCAAAUGGAUGGCGAAGAAGGCGGGAUCAAUUUCGUUUGACUUCAGGACCACGGAGCCAAACGGGUUGAUGCUUUUCAGCCAUGGCAAACCCAGACAACAACAGCGAAAAGACCCCCGCACCCCUCCUACUGUCAAGUUCAUGUCGAACAUACAGGUGGAUUUUUUUGCCAUUGAAAUGCUGGAUGGUCACCUGUACCUGCUGCUGGACAUGGGCUCAGGAACCACAAAGACCAGGGCCAUUGACAGAAAGGUCAACGACGGCGAAUGGUAUCAUGUCGACUUCCAGAGAGACGGACGCUCAGGAACGAUCUCGGUGAAUAGCAUGAGAACAGCGUACACGGCGCCAGGGGACAGCGAGAUCCUGGACCUGGAUGACACCCUGUACCUCGGAGGAUUACCAGAGGAUCGCGCCGGUCUCAUUUUUCCUACAGAGGUUUGGACAGCCCUGUUGAACUACGGCUACGUAGGCUGCAUCAGAGACCUGUUUGUGGACGGUCAGAGUAAAGACAUCAGGAGGCUUGCUGAGGCCCAGCGGGCAGUCGGAGUGAAGCCUUCCUGCUCAAGAGAGCUGCCCAAACAGUGCCUGUCCAACCCCUGCCAGCACAAUGGCAACUGCAGGGAGGGCUGGAACCGUUACGUCUGUGACUGCUCUGGGACCGGGUACCUGGGGCGCUCCUGCGAGCGAGAUGCGACCAUCCUCUCGUAUGACGGCAGUAAGUUUAUGAAGGUGCAGCUGCCUGUGGCGAUGCACACUGAGGCGGAGGACGUCUCGCUACGCUUUCGCUCCCAGCGGGCCUACGGCAUUCUUAUGGCAACCACAUCCCGGAACUCAGCGGACACUCUUCGUCUGGAGCUGGAUGGUGGCCGUGUCAGACUAACUGUAAACCUAGACUGUAUCAGGAUAAACUGUACAGCCAGUAAAGGCCCAGAGACCAUCUUUGCUGGGUCAGGCCUCAAUGAUAAUGAAUGGCACACAGUGAGGGUAGUCCGGCGCGGCAAGAGCCUCAAACUCACCGUCGACGACCUGCAGACUGUUGAAGGUCAGAUGGCGGGCGACCACACCCAGCUUGAGUUCCACAACGUGGAGACGGGCAUCGUGACUGAGAAGCGCUUCAUGCCCAUUGUGCCCUCCAACUUUAUCGGCCAUCUCCAAGGCCUGACGCUGAACGGCAUGCCCUACAUUGACCUGUGCAAGAACGGCGACAUUGACUACUGCGAGCUCAACGCCGUCAUCGGUUACAAGAGCAUCGUGGCUGACCCCAUCACUUUCCGCUCCCGCUCCAGCUUUGUCACGCUGCCCACGCUGCAGGCCUACUACUCCAUGCACCUCUUCAUGCAGUUCAAGACAACAUCCCCAGAUGGUCUUAUUCUCUUCAACAGGGGAGACGGCAAUGACUUCAUAGUCGUUGAGUUGGUUAAAGGUUACCUUCAUUACAUUUCUGACCUGGGAAACGGAGCACACUUGAUCAAGGGCAACUCCAACAGUCCGCUUAAUGACAACCACUGGCACAAUGUGCACAUUUCCCGCGACACAAACAAUCUUCACACGGUCAAGAUUGACACCAAAGUUACUACUCAGACCACAAUGGGAGCCAAGAACCUUGAUUUAAAAGGUGAUCUGUAUAUUGGAGGUGUUACCAAAGAGAUGUACCGUGAGCUGCCAAAGUUGGUUCACUCUCGAGAGGGCUUUCAAGGCUGUUUGGCCACACUAGAUCUAAAUGGGCGCCUCCCGGAUCUGCUUGCCGACGCCUUGACAACAAUUGGACAAGUUGAAAGAGGUUGUGAAGGUCCCAGCACAACAUGUCAAGAAGACUCCUGCUCAAAUCAAGGAGUCUGUUUGCAGCAGUGGGAGGGCUUCACCUGUGACUGCAGCAUGACUUCGUACGCUGGACCGCUGUGCAACGAUGCUGGGACCACUUAUAUCUUUGGCCGGGAUGGAGGUGUGGUCAUUUACACAUGGCCUCCUAAUGAGCGUCCCAGCACCAGGGCGGACCGGCUAGCCCUUGGCUUCAGCACCCAGCAGAAACAUGCCGUUCUACUCCGAGUGGACAGCGCAUCUGGCCUUGGAGACUACCUCCAGCUACAGAUAGACAAGGGUAACAUUAGGGUGGUGUUCAAUGUUGGCACGGAUGACAUUAACAUUGAGGAGAGCACCAAGUUUGUCAACGACGGGAAGUACCACGUUGUUCGGUUCACCCGAAGCGGCGGCAACGCGACACUUCAGCUGGACGACCUUCCAGUCAUAGAGCGGUACCCCUCAGGCAACAAUGAUAACGAGCGCCUGGCCAUCGCCAGACAGCGAAUCCCCUAUCGGCUUGGUCGAGUAGUUGACGAUUGGCUACUCGACAAAGGUCGCCAGCUAACCAUCUUCAAUAGCCAAACGACAGUUCGUGUUGGCGGAGGCGAGCAGGGCUCUGCCAUGUUCCAGGGACAGCUGUCUGGCCUUUAUUACAAUGGCCUCCGCAUCCUCAACAUGGCCGCCGAGGGCCAUCCGCACAUCAGAGUGGAGGGCAGCGCGCGGUUGGUCGGUGACAUGCCAUCCUCCUCCAUCACCCCGCAGUCGAGUGCUGCAGCCGGGGGAAACCGCUCGGACUCAGCUCCUUCAAUCAGUGACAUCACAACAACCACUGCCACGAAUAAGAAGCACGGCCCACCAACAGAGAACGCAGAUGACUUACUGGUAGCAUCGGCUGAGUGUCCAAGUGACGAUGAAGACCUGGAACCUUGUGACAGCUCAGCAGCCAGCCCUCCUUCGCCAGACGUGAGGCUGUUUCCUGGUCCGUCCGAGGUGGUGGUGGAGAGCAGCAGCACCACGGGCAUGGUGGUGGGCAUCGUGGCAGCCGCCGCCCUCUGCAUCCUCAUCCUCCUCUAUGCCAUGUAUAAGUACCGCAACCGAGACGAAGGAUCCUACCACGUUGACGAGACCCGCAACUACAUCAGCAACUCGGCCACGCAACCCAACGGUAGCACCAAGGACAAGCCGCUGGGCAUCGCCAAGAUCUCUAAGAACAAAAGGAACAAAGAAAAGGAGUAUUAUGUCUGAGGAGGACACCCCCCCUUGCUCAGAAACAGAGAAAUAUACGUACACCUUUAUAUAUUACAAUAUAUGUACAUAGAUAGAUAUAUUCUCCAAGAAAAAAAGAAACACUCAUACACAAGAACAUAGACAUGGGGAUUUUAAUGUUUACUCUCCAAUAAUUCCACCUGCACACAUGCCGUCAAGCACAAACAUACAUAUUCAAGUCCACAUGCAGACAUUUAAGCACAAACAUAAACACACAGACUGACCUGAGGGCUCGAGCCCUCCCUGUACAGUAUUUACCAAUGAACAGAGCCUCUGGCAGAGGCCUGUUUUAUGAGCAUUAACAUCAUUCCAAAUGAGUUAGAAGCACCAGUUCAACUCCCAGUCACCAUUUUGGCUGAGGCCAGGUCUGCCACAGUCGGACCUCUCUGUCUGGACUGAGAGGGGCGAAAAUAGACUUUAAGUGAAGCACAUGGCAGGCCAAGCGAGAGGCAGCGCACCAGAGCAAAGAUGAUGUAAAAGCACUAAGUGUCUCUUCCAAGCUUCUUGGCCUUCCUCCCUGUUAACAGACGGGACUUGAUGAAGCACAGAGGACAGCAAGGAAAUAAGCACACCAGUGGUUCAAGUUUAGCCCCGAAGCCACAGGACAGGAACUCGGUGUGUAGCCAUAGAGACGGUGAAUUAUGAGAAAACAGGCACAGACAGAGCUCAGUGAGCUGCUGCUGUUAUGCUGCAGAGCUGAGCUUUUUUACAGCGUCCUGGAUAAAUCCAAAAGAACGAAGCCGGGGAGACCAAGAGAUGUUCUCCUGCACAUGAUACUUGAGACUUCAGAUGCUACCUACAGACACCAGUCAGACAUGACUGCAGUGUUGUCACACGCAUACACACAGCACACAGGCACAAAACGAACAUUU